AUGACGGUUGGCGAUGAUUAUGCGCGUAAUCCAUUAAUGUCAACACAUUCUGUCAGUCAGAUCCCACCGAGAGGAUCGUCGAGGCGAUCAAAUUUGGGCAGUAGCUCCAUGGUCACUCGACGAUCUGCUGCAGCUGCAAUGGAUGCAAAUGCACCGAUGAACCAGUCCAGUAAUUCUAGCUCGAGUCCAGUUUCCACGUACGAUACUUCAUCAAGUCAGGGUUCGUUUAGUGUAUAUCAGAAUUCAAACUCAUCACUGGGCCCAGAAAACUGUGCAGAUAUGGAUAGGGAAAUACUUGGUGAUGGCGAAGUACCACGAGUCGAGAUCCCAGAUAUGCAAAGCCUGGAACGCUAUCUACAGCCACUGGGUUUAACACUGCAGCACGCAUUACGAUUCAUUGAAGGUUAUACAACGAACUGUGGGGAGGUGUUAGAAUGUGUUAAGCAGCUACAUUUCGAUGCGGUUGAGGAAUGUUGGCUGACAUUUUGGCAACCCGAGAAUGAACAGGAAGAUAUGGAAGAAGAAGAUUGUGCACCAAACGAGUUAGAGGUGCUAGAAUGUGUUAAGCAGCUGCAUUUUGAUGCGGUUGAGGAAUGUUGGUUGACAUUUUGGCAACCCGAGAAUGAACAGGAAGAUAUGGAAGAAGAAGAUUGCGCACCAAACGAGUUAGUGAAUUUUAAUUAUACAGCUGCUUUUUUUUGCGUUUGGCAAAAUGACGAGAAAUUUCAGCAUUUGGCACGCUUUUGCGGUACUCAUUUCAAAAACAUAUGA